AUGGACUCAAAGUCCAACGGUCGCCCCCCGCGUAGGAACCACCGUAAGAGACCAGCCAACAACGGUAACGCGACCCCCGACUCUGAGAAUCGCCGGCCUCGACAGAGACCCUUUAACUCUGCAGCAUCUGCUCAGAGAAAUAAGUCCCAAGAUGCUUCUUCCGCACCAUCACCUGCCCAGGCGACCAGCGCCGCCGCCGUCAUCGACAGCAACUCCCCUCGCUUCGCCGAUCUCGCCAGUGAGAAUCUCCUCGAACCUGUGCUCCUUGACACAAUCACACAAGACCUGAAGUUCGACCGCAUGUCGCCGGUGCAGGCCGCCACUAUUCGUCAUCUUAUCGCCGACCGCGGCGAUGUUCUAGCACAGGCUAAGACAGGAACUGGCAAGACCAUCGCCUUUCUUCUCCCUGCCCUACAGACGCUGCUCAAACGACCCAGUUCGCGCGGCAACAACAUCUCGGUUCUAGUCAUUUCACCCACCCGUGAGCUCGCACUACAAAUAGCAAAAGAGGCACAGGCGCUGCUGCAGAGGCUGCCUCAAUACACAGUGUGCACUGCCAUCGGCGGCACGAACAAGGAUGCUGAGCAGAGGCGCAUCCUGCGCGGAUGCCAAAUAUUGAUCGGCACCCCGGGCCGACUUAACGAUCACAUUGAGGAGCCAAGUGUGGUGGAGAUGCUGCAAUCUUUAGACACGUUGGUGCUUGACGAGGCCGACCGUCUGCUUGACAUGGGAUUCAUCCCGCAACUCAGGAAGAUUGUCGCGGCGCUCCCCAACAGGCAAAAGGUUCCCAGGCAGGGCAUGCUUUUCUCCGCCACUGUCGCCGAGCAUGUCGCCAAGGUCUCCAGCAUUGCCCUCUCGCCCGACUACAAGUUCAUCUCCACCAUCCCCAAGGGCGAGUCCAACACGCACGAACGGGUACCGCAGCACUAUAUCGAGGUCCCCAACCUGUCCGACUGCUUGCCCGCCCUUGUCGGUGCUUUGAGGCACGAGCUGGCUGAGAGCGCCAACCAGGACGAUUUCAAGGCCAUCGUUUUUGCCCCUACUGCUGCCCUCGUGGACCUCUAUGCCGCUGUCCUCGAGGCACUGCCCAAUAUGCCCCGCAUCCUGACGCUGCACUCGCGCAUGACGCAGAACAAGCGCACAAGGGUGACUGAGGACUAUCGCCAGUCCAAGGCGACCGUGCUCGUGGCCACCGAUGUCGUCGCCCGUGGUAUGGAUUUCCCCUCGGUAACCAACGUCUUCCAGGUCGGUAUGCCCAUGGACAAGGAGUCAUACAUUCAUCGUCUCGGCCGAACGGCUCGUGCCGGUGCCGAGGGUCGUGGGACUCUGAUCCUCUCUGCGGCAGAGUCAUACUUUCCCCGCAAGAUCAUGAAGGACUUUACCUUUAUCGACCAGGCUGCGGACUUGAGCGCCCAAGACGACAUCAAGGAGUUGACACCAAAGUUGGAGCUUUACGGCAAGGCGUACCAGUCCUGGCUAGGCUUUUACAAGGGUUUUGUCAAGCCGCUCGGCUGGGACAAUGAGCAGCUCGUGCGCGAGGCCAACAAACUGGCACUCGAUGGCUUUGGCGCGCCCGAGGUUCCCCCUUUGUUCAAGAGCACGGUCGGCAAGAUGGGAAUGAAGGGUGUCAAGGGGUUGGUGGUGGUCAAGGACCCGCCCAGGGAGCAAGGCAAGGGAAGGAAGUCUUGGUAA